UUGGCCGAAAUACACAGACAAAAAUCCUCCUCGAGGACAAAACGUUUGCCAACUAUAGACAAAACCACAGACGCUUGUGUCGUGGUGAGCGCGCGCUGAGUAUCUCCGCAAGAUGAGAUGGUCUCCAUCGGGAGCGCGCACAUAGAAAACUUCAAGAACUUCUGAAAGUCUGGAAAUUCAUCAGUCUUGUCUGGAGCGUAAGUUCUCAGACACUCAAACAUCAUUCUAGGAUAUUUCAAUUCACUGGAAGAACUAUGGACAGCAUGGGAAUUUUGUCUCUUAUCCUCUUCGUCUUGGUGCAGAGUCCUGCCUCCCUCUCUCUGACAGUGAGCACCCGUAAGGCCAAAGUGGUGGUCCAUGAGAACACAGACGCUGUGCUAUCCUGUCAGUUCAAGACAGAGAAGGAGACUAACCCUCGUAUCGAGUGGAAGAAGAAAGGGAAGGACAUCACCUUUGUUUAUUUCAAUGGCAAAUUCAGCGGAUCCUUUGCAGGUCGGGCCAAGAUCGAGGGGGCGACGGUGACGCUGCACGCCGUUACCCAGAAGGACUCUGGGCUGUACCGCUGUGAGGUCAGUGCUCCAGCAGACCACACCAACCUGGGAGAGAUUAACGUCACCCUCAACGUACUGGUGCCCCCCCACACCCCGUCCUGUGAGGUGCCCAGCUCAGUGCUGUCUGGGGUAGGGGUAGAGCUCCACUGUAAGGACAAACUCAGUGUACCCCCUCCUACCUACAUCUGGUACAAAGACAACAAGGCCCUGAGCACCACACACACAACUGACACCUCCUUUAGCAUGGACACUGACAAGGGAACACUGAAGUUCAAGAGUGUGUCCAAGGCCGACUCAGGCCAGUACCGCUGUGAGGCAUCCAACAGCGUGGGGGCGCCCAAGAGCUGUGUGGCCCAUCACAUGAAGGUCAUAGAAUAUGAGUUGAGUAUGACGACACUGAUAGCCGGAGCUGUAGGUCUCUUCCUGCUCAUUGUCAUGUGCUGCCUGGGUGUGUGUCUCUGUCAUCGACGGGGCUGCUGCAAAAAGAAGGAGCACAAAGGAAGAAGCACCAACUCCUACAAUCCACCUCCUCCCACCAGAAACCCCAAGAACUACGAACACACCCAGUCCUUCAUGAUUUGAGGGUUUCCUCUGUAAAGCUUGAGGCAGUGAUAUCACUGUUCAAAAGCUUGAAGCCCAAAUCAAAGCUUGAGGCAGUGAUAUCACACAACCCCCCACACACACACACUGGGUGGAUGGAUGGAUGAAUGAAGAGAUUGUGCAACAGACAUAUUUUAGCUUGCUUACACCACCUAGUGGCCAAAGGAUGAAGCACAAUUAUAUAUUUUUCACAGAAAAAAUGUCACAUGCUGUACCCUUCUAUUUGUGUGCUUUAUAGCAAAUUCUGCUCUUUAUAUGACUGUAUUGAGAAGCAAUGACGUGUAUUAUUAUUGUUGUUUUACAGAGAUGCUUUUAUAAUUAUGUUUUUUAAGUAUUUGUUUGCGGCUUUGGAUGUAGCCGACAGGGUUUUUGUGUGAUGAAGGAUAUGUGACUGUAUGCACUGACUAUUUUUAGAUAGCUUGUUUUUAAUUAAAGUUAUUUUACCACAUG